GUUUAUUUAGAGUUUGUUUCUAUUUACUUAAUUCAAACUGAACUUUGAAGGAGAACAACAGAAAUUUGAACUAUACUUCUAUGCGGUUGAAAAAAGGAGAAAAUAACUUAUUCUACGGGCACGUUUUCUUGUGGAAUCGAUGAAUUUGCGUGAUUCGCAAUGGCUUGGAGUAAUGAAAAAUAUUGAACUGUGACACCAAAAAAGAAAUCCAAAAAUAUUUCCAGCGUGAAGUAAGAACUGUACCAGGAACACAUCUACUCGUAAAGAAUCAAAAAAGUCUCAUACCUUGCACACAUAACUUGGAAAUAUCUCAUGUAUAAUAUAGAAAUAUAUUGAAGAAAAGCAGGCAACAUGGCAGAAACUACAGGUCGACGUGCGUCAAGGACAGUUCAGUCUCUCAAGGCCGAAAAACUGCCGAACAUUCAACAAAACAAUAGCGGACAUUUGCGAAAGUCUUCUUUAUUGGCUGUUCCUGGGCGAAGGAUGUCACAUGCUCCUGCUAAUCGUUGGAGCGUGUCGUAUAGUAACGAUGGUGGCAGCGAGACGUCACAUCCUUCUACGUCAAUUGCAGGUCUUUUGGCGUCUAAAAAGUUUGCCAAUCAUUUAAAGAGAAGGGUCUCACAUAGAAGAGCAUCGAACAAAUCACAUUCUGCGGAUCAAAUUGUAAGUCUCGAACCAAGCUAUCGUAUGGAGCCAAAGACGGCAUUCAAUACAGCUGAAGUUAAAUUACGCGUGGACGCCAUUUUGUCUGAAAAGCUUCACAGCGCCACCUAUACUCCUGCUUCUGCGAGUGCGUUUGCCCGGAUGUUACCUGACGUCAUCAAAGCGGAAAUCAAGCUUCUAGGCUACGAACGUUAUAAGAUUAUUUGUCAUUUAACUAUUGGAGAGAAUCAAAGCCAAGGACUCGGGAUUACAAGUAGAUGUGUAUGGAAUGAAAAAGCUGACUCUUUUUCAUCUUCCGUUUUCAAAAAUGGUAGUAUUUUCUGUUCAGCCAUCGUGUUUGGUGUCUAUGUAGACUAGCGACGUAAGCCUACAGACUGCCUUAAAGGUACCUGUGGGACCCUGUUUUUCUAAAGAAGGACCUUUUCAUCCAUGCAUACAUCAUUCGCCUUAUGAUACACAGAUUUUAAAGAACCUCUGUGGCCUUCUAGGGCUACUUUCUGUUGUUAAAAGAAUGAUCUGUAAAUAAGAGAGCAAAUUGCAAUGUUAAUGAGGUGUGUAUAGGACAACCAUGUUUCCACUUUUGUUAAGAAAAUGUUCAGAAAUAUGUUCAAAUGUGUAUCUAGAAGUUAGGAUACAUCAUUUAUGGUUGUCAUUGUCAUAUGAUUAAGAUUGCGAAAAUUGUUGAAUUUUAGUGAAUCGACUGGUAGACAUGACAUAUAAAUGUAACGUAACAUGAUAUGAAAGCGUUACGUGAUAUUAUGACAUAACAUGACGAAUAAGUGUAAGGUGACAAUUGAGAGUGUAAUGUGACAGAAGGAAUCUCCACGAACGACAAUGAAAUACGAUAGAAUCCAAUAUAAAAUGAAAAUAAAUUGUAUAAAUAA